AUGACAGGAGGGCUGUGCGAUAUGUACGUAAAUGUUGCGUUAAAUUUGGUUAAAUUACUAGUAAUAGUUAGACUACACUAUGAACGCGCGGCGCGUGCGGCGCGGGCGGCGGCCGGCCGCGGACUGCGCGCGAGGUACGAGAGAAGCCUUGCAGCGUCAGUGGAAUGUUCUAGAGCGAGGGGGGACGCGCGGGCGGCGGGCGCCGCGCUGUUCCCCAAAAUGCACGUAAAUGCGUACACG